AGCUGAUGCUGGUAUAGAUCCCAAAGAAAAAAGCAGUAAGGGGUAUUAGUGCUGCAGCAUAUCCUUGUAGCAGAGAAAAGUCUGGGACAUUCUACUUUGGUUUGCGUUCAGAGAGGGGAUCAAGCAAUCACAAUUCAGAGGCUUGUUCUGCUCGCAAGGACACUGCAAGAGAUAGCACCAUAGUCUGGACUCUAGCUGAGGGGUGAGGUAAACAACAGGACUAUAAAUAUCAGCAUUUCUCUCUGUGGCUUUGCGGAGCCGCCCCAGCAAAGCAAAGAGAAAGGAAGCAGGCUGGUCAGAAGCGGUUGCGACAACCACAGAAAUGUGGCGAAGCCUGGGGCUUGCCCUGGUUCUCUGUCUCCUUCCUGGUGGGGGAGCAGAGAGCCAGAGCCGAAGCUCCUUUUGUAAGCAACCCCCAGCAUGGAGCAUAAAAAAUCAAAAUCCCAUGCUGAAUGCCACUGGUACAGUGACUGUGGUUGCUCUUCUUCAAGCCAGCUGAUACCUGUGCAUUCUGCAGGCUUCCAGAUUUGAAGACCUGCGAGUAAAAUUGGAGAAAGAAGGCUAUUUUAGUAUUUCCUAUGUUAUUGUUAAUCACCAAGGAAUUGAUUCUCGGUUAAAACACAUACAUCUUAAAAAUCGGGUUUCAGACCAUAUAUCUGUUUAUCAACAAGAAGAACACCAGACUGAUGUUUGGACUCUCUUAAAUGGAAAUAAAGAUGACUUCCUCAUUUAUGACAGAUGUGGUCGUCUUGUCUAUCAUCUUGGUCUGCCUUACUCCUUCCUGAGUUUCCCGUAUGUAGAAGAAGCCAUUAAGAUCGCUUACUGUGAAGAAAAAUGUGGAAACUGCUCUCUCAGGACUCUUGAAGACGAAGACUUCUGUAAAAACGUGUCAUUGGCCACUGCGGAAAAAACAGCUGAGGCUCCACACAGUACAGAUAACCACAAGCAUGGGCAUCAGCAUCUUGGGGGCAGUGAGCUCUCCGAGAAUAAGCAGCCGGAAGCACCCGACAAUCCUGUGCUUUCUCCUCUCAACAAUCCUGUGCUUUCUCCUCUAGGGCAUCAUCACCGCCGUGAGCUUAUGCCCAACGGCCAACAGGGGCAGGGUCACUCAGAGAGCUGAUUUAUGUCAGAAAGUGAAGCUUUACAGCUCUCACUUGCACAAAGGAAGCUUUGCCAUAGGGGAUGUAAAAACCAGUUACUGUGUAAGUUCCCUUCAGAUUCCCAAUUAGCUCCUACUAGCUGUUGCUGCUAUUGUCGACAUCUGGUAUUUGGAACAAAAGCGUCUUCAGUCACCUGCCAGUGUGCAGAAAACCUCCCAUCUCUAUGCAGCUGCCAGGGAGACUGGGUAGGGGAGAAAGUCAUUGAAUCUUGUCAGUGUCGACUGCCCCCAGCUGCCUGACAAAUAAGGCAGCAGCAGAAGCCCACAGAAACCAACCGUGAUUGAAGCUGAAACAGGGCACAAAAGUGAAAAUGACCCUCAAACUAAAUAUUUAAAAUAAGAUACACUCCCCAAAUCAAUCAAGAUACAACUUUAUUUCCCAAAUUUUUAAAGUACCUAAUUAGUAAAUUGGAAUUGGAUUCUACAAACAUAAAUCUAAUAGAUUGGCUUCGAAAUUUUAUGUCAUGAAAUUUUUUACUCAAACCACAUUUUUAUUAUGGGGCAACUGAAAAGUGAUUGCAGCUUUUGGUUAAUAUGUCUUUCUUGUGCUUUUUCCAGCAUUCUAUUUGCAUUAAUGAGAACAGAAACGUAAACUAUGACCUAGGGGUUUCUGUUGGAUACUUAGUAAUUUAGAAUGGAGGAAGAACAACAAAGACAUGUUUUCCACUUUUUCUGUACUUAUCUCAAAACAAUAUCAUCUUUGUUUUUUAAAUCUUACAUUUUAAACUGAUUAAAUCCUUAGAGAAAAAAGUGAAUUUUGUUUCUUAACACAUGAAUACUUUGCUAAAAAAGCAUAAUGACAUUUUUAACUCCUCUAAUUUUUCUAUACCUAUGACUCAUAGCUUGAUUUUUACUACCAUACAUAAAGUCUUUGUGUCUUAUUUUCUUUAUCUAGCAUUAUGUCACACUUCUGAAUUUUGAAUGGCUAUAAUGGGAAAGAAAGAAAAGAAAGAAAGAGAGAGAGAAAGAAAGAAAUGUCUAUCUUUAGACUGCUUAGAGGGUAUUUCCAUAGUCAAUGAUGGUUUAAUAGGUAAACUAAAUCCUGUAAACUUGAACUCUUUUAUGGAUAAUACCAUUAAGCAAGAAUGCAGUACGUGAUUGGCCAAGGUAUGUAUCUGUCUAAAUAAAAUGUUUAAAGC